AUGUCAAUUUUUAUAAGUUCAACAAAUGUACCCAUUGGCUAUACAACCCCUAAAUUUCCAUCAUUAUUUUGGCCAGUAGGAGCUAAUCGAUCAUCAUAUUUAAAUUCAUUUUUGUACUCUUCAUGGGAUGUAUGGAGAUUUACAAUAUUUUGGUCAUUAUUAUUAUCUGGAGUAUUGUAUUUAUUAGUUGGGAUACUAGCUUCAUCAAGUAGUUUAGUUAAUAAAAUUCGGCAUAAUCUACGGAUCAAGACUCAUGAUUUAUUAUUAUCUGUAUUAGUUAUUGUUUUUUAUACUUUAGUUGGAUUAAUAAAAGGUUUUAUAGGUGGCGCAAUUAUUGGUCUUAUAUUAGCUGCUAUUUAUCAAGCUGGUAGUUUAACUAUGAGUACUUGGCUACCAUUAACAUGGGCAAUUGCACAAAUAUUAUAUGAUAUUGCUUCUUCAUAUUCAACAAGUUCAAUAAUAUUAUAG